AUGGAAGGGCUAGUAAAAUGGUUAGAGGAAUGGAGACGUGUGUGCACGUACCGCCAACAGGUUAAACGCAGCCGAGGGCCUGCUGUUACCGGAGGGUUUGGUGUUGGCAGGCUCGGCCCUGCUCCGGUCCGGGAGGGACUGGAAGGCCGCUGGGAGGGUGCACAGUUAAAAUCCGUGGAUCUGAGUCACGUCAUCAAGCUACUGAAAGAUUCCGAGUCAAAAGAUUUGGAAAAAGAGCAGCUGAAAACUCUCAAGAAGGUAGUCAAGCAUUUUGAAAAUGGGCUUCCCCUUAAGGAUUUAGCACAAAUAAUUGAAAUUCUUAACCUGUGCGCAGAAAAAGUAAACGAACAAGAAGCUUUCACUGAGCCUUUAUGUGAACUUAUUAAAAUAUGUGGGUUACCAUUUCAAAAAAAGAAAUUAUCUGAUGAAGUAAGCUAUUCUGUGACAGUUUCAAAAUCCAUUGCACAACUGGGUUAUUUGAUGAGAGUGCCAAGCUCUCAAGUUAGAAUACAAAUAUGUAAAUGUGUUAUUAGCUUUUAUAAUAUGAAGCUACCAAGAAAACUACUUUCAGGUUAUCAGCCAACAAGUGCAAACUAUAAAAUUCAGAUGGCUGAAUUAGGAGGAUUAGCAGAAACUCUUGUUUUGUCACUAGCACUAGUUGAAAAUCAACUUACUGAGAAGUUGUGGGUACUUAAAGCUCUCCAGCAUCUCUCCACCUCGGGAGUAAAUUGCAGACUUAUGAUGAAGGCCCAAGCAGCCAGCAGACUCUGUUUGUAUCUAAAUGGUGUUGAUCCCUCAGGACAGCUGGUGUUCCGCUCCUCAGAAAUCCUGUGGAACCUGUUAGAAAACACCUCCAAAGAAGAAGUAAUUAAUCAGCUCAGUAGCUUGGAAUGUGUACAUGCUUUGAAGGAAGUAUUUGUAGACCUCCUCCUGCGUGGCUUCCGGCAUUAUGAUCGUCAGCUACGGAAUGACCUCUUGGUGAUUGCCACGUUGCUAGCUGAAAACCCUGCAGCACCCAUGAUUGAAAGUGGAUUUACUAAGCUGUUAAUUGUACUUGGAACAUUUACUGAAGUUAAAAUUCCCAAUCCCUUGCUAAAAGGACUUAAACUUACCUACUCUUAUGAGGACUUUGAGAUGAAGAAGUUACUAUUUAAUGCGAUAGGAGUCUUAUCUAAAGACCCAUGUGCUGUACGGCUUCUCAGUGAAAAUGAUGUGAUCCCAGCUUUCCUUUAUUAUGUAAAACCAAAUCCAAAGCCUGGAUUUCCUGAAUGGUCUGCUGCCCAAUACGAAGAAUUACAGCUUCAUGCAAUUGCUAUUUUAGCUUCAGUGGCUCCUGUAUUAGUAAAUAAAUAUUUGUCCUGCCAAGGAAAUACUCUUCUCCUUGUAUUUCUAGAAUGGUGUAUAGGCCAAGAUCCUUUCUUUGGUCAAGGAAACAGUUUCCAUGGGACAGGUGGUCGUGGCAACAAAGUUGCACAAAUGCGCUACAGCCUGAGAGUCCUGAGAUCUGUUGUGUCCCUUUACGACAAUGCUGUGAACGUUAAUUUGUGUGACCAGGGAGCAAUUGGCCAGCUACUGGAUGUCCUUAAGUAUGCAGCAGACAAAUGCAAAGAGAGAGAAGAUGCCAUUCUACUGGAAAUCCAAGCUGACAUAUUUUUUGUUUUGUCUGUUCUCUGUGAAAAUGAUCUCCACAGGAAGGAACUCUUCAGCUAUGAAGGAGUAGAUAUACUCAUCCCAUUCAUUCAGAUGGAUCCAAAGAAGUUUCAUAGUGGACUAGGCCACCUUCAUCUCCUCUUCGGUGCACUUGACUGCUUGUGGUCCUGUGUCAUUGGAUGUUACAUUGCAGAGGAUUAUUUUCUUGAAAAACAGGGGAUUUUUCUCCUUCUGGAUUUGUUGGCAUUAAAGCAAAAGAACCUGUACAAUAUAAUUCUUGGAAUCUUGAUUGAAUUUUGUGACAAUCCUAAAACCACUUUGCACAUCAGUACCUGGCGAGGGGAGAAAGAUCAAACAGCAGCUAACCUUCUAGUACAGUUAUGGAGACAGGAGGAGUUGGAGCUAGGAGUCAAACGGGAUCAAUAUGGAAGGAUUGUUGACAUAAAGAGACCUAUUGCUACCAGCUUCCAGAAACAACAAGAGGUCAUCCCCAUACCUGCCAGCUGUCCCAGCUUUGCCAUUGUGGAAGUUUCAGAAAACAUACGGGCAAAACUUUAUUAUUUAUUGUACAAGCUAGGUUUUGGAAAUUUACCUGGCUUAUCUGCUAAGGAUUUUGUCACGCUCGCUGUCAUACAGCAUUAUAUUGACUUUAAAGUUGGAGAAGUUUGGAGUGAACUACGUGCAGAGCUAAAAGAAGAAUUCAGGCCUGUACUGUCAGAUGAGGAAGCCUUGGAAGUUAUUUCAGAGAUAAUGGAAGGUACUGGAAGAAUGGUUGCUGCUUUCCAGACUGAAGUGCUUGAAAGUCAACAUCACCAAGAAAUCAAAGAAGAGGAAAAAGCAUAUAGAAAAAUCCAAGCUAUCCAUAAGCAGAGAGAAAUGGUAAAUAAAUCUUGGCAAAAUUUCUUGACUCGGACAUCAAACUAUGAGGCGUUGAAGAAAGCAAAAAGGCUUCAGGAAAAAUCAAUAGAGGAUACCAGAUCUAAAUCAAAGACUCAAAACAGAACAGCACAUUCUACAGAUAUUAAAGGCCUCAAUACAACAAUUGGAUCUGGUCGCUUAGUAACUGUUGAAAGUACACCUCAAUUAACUGGAGGGCCACUGGCUAUUACAGACCUUGCUCUUAGAAAGCCCUCUUUUUGUGAAGGAGCCUUAAAAAAUCUCAAAAAGAGUUAA